CGUUCACGUCAAAACAACCACCAAAGGUGCACAAGGUCUAUUAACGCCCAAAACGAACUCAGGAACAGGUGUACAGCGCUUCGUAUAUAUAGCGUAAGCGGCUAUAACUUUCUGGAAUUUCUGACGCGUUCUGGAGCGCCAUUGGCAACCGGCAUUUGGCCAAUCAUGACCCAGUAUUGGCCAAAUGCCGGUUGCCAAUGGCGCUCCAGAACGCGUCAGAAAUUCCAGAAAGUUAUAGCCGCUUACGCUAUAUAUACGAAGCGCUGUACACCUGUUCCUGAGUUCGUUUUGGGCGUUAAUAGACCUUGUGCACCUUUGCGCCAUUGGCAACCGGCAUUUGGCCAAUACUGGGUCAUGAUUGGCUGUUGGGUCCAGAUUGUUGACCGAUCAGAUCUCGUCUUGAUGCCGGACCGGCAAGCGUCCCGAAUUUUGGGCCGACGUCGAGCGGGCCGGGCUUCUCGGCCGUAG